CAGCUUCACGUUAAAGAUCACAGGCUAUUAGGGGCAAGGGAUUAAUUUGUAGCCACUUACAAUCUACUGCUAAAUAUGAAUGCAUAAAUAAGACCUAGGCAAGCGUGUCUGCAUGUGUGUUCGUGUCUGAGGGUCUACACAAGUGAACAGUACCCUACAGGAAGGAUGAGAAAGCCACAGAGGAGCGCAGCGGGACGCAGCUUCACCUUUUGACUUGAUUCCUCCUAGGUACAUCAGGGAUCUGAAUGAUCGAGAAGAUAGCGGGUUUACUUGCAAGACCUGCAGCUGCUUACAACAUCCAGAGGUUAAAAGUACUUAAAUAACUUUCGCGCAGCUUCAUUUCUGCAGAAUAAGAACUUCGAAGGUGUGCUUGGCUCCCACCUUACUUUUUGAAAGGGUCAGUGUCACCGAGUUAUGAAUGUGAGUAGAGACAAGACUCAGGGGCUGCACAGCGACAUACCCAUGCCAAUAGUACCGGCGGUAACUGAGUCUGUGUCCAACAGUAUGGCAAGCGAGGUACUGGACAGUCACGGAGAGCAGAGACUGACAAGCCACGAAAUGCCAGCUUACUCCUGCCCGGGCACCAUCCGGGAAAGGUCGGGAGACAGUGGCAACAACUCGCCCAGGCAAGAGGUAGCUGGUCUGGCUGCCUUGCCGGUUGUUCACAGGACAACUUCCUUCUCAGUGUUGGACAUUCUGGAUCCUAAUAAAUUCAACAGCAAGAAAAGGCAUUGUCCAGUUCUGUACAGAGCAAGCAACGAGUUCACAGUAGGAAUAGAGGAUAAAGGACCAGAAGCAAUGCUAGAAAUAGAGGAGCAAAUAGUUCUUCGUGAGGAGUUUGACCACUGCAAGAAACCUGCAGAUUUAAUAAAGGACUCAGAGCUGUACAAAGUUGAAGAAGACUCAGAAUACAACGGAAGCGCCCCUACGCCUGAGAGCGACAUAUUAGAGGAGGACCUGACAAGUGAAGAGAGCAGCACUGCCCUGCAGACAACAGCGGACAAUGACACAACUGGGCAGCAGCAGGAUGAUGGGGAUCGAACCUCUCACAGGGAUGCGAGCCCGGGCUCACCACAGCAAAAUGGACAGAAUCAGCAGCAGGCCAAGCCGAAGCGGAAGCGUACAGGCUCCGACUCUAAGUCAGGCAAGCCCCGUCGGGCACGAACUGCCUUUACUUAUGAACAACUGGUUGCGCUAGAGAACAAAUUCAAGUCUACUCGAUACCUUUCAGUGUGUGAGCGCCUCAACCUGGCUCUGUCAUUGAGUCUCACCGAGACUCAGGUCAAAAUCUGGUUUCAGAACCGUCGUACUAAAUGGAAAAAGCAGAACCCUGGCGCCGACACAAGUGCCCCUACAGGUGGUGGCGGACACUCGGGUGUGGGGGGGAGUGUUAUGGGCGGUGGUUUGAGUCCCCUGAGCCCCUCACCACCCAUGGGCGGACCACUUUCAGUGCAUGCCACAACCUAUCCAGGACACACACCCGGUGGGCUUGUGUGUACCGCACAGCUGCCUUUUUUGCCCAAUCCUGCAGCUGUACUCUCACCCUUUGUACUGGGUUCCCAGACCUAUGGAGCCCCAACUUUCUAUGCCCCCCAUUUAUAGUUAAUAAUUGGCUGCAAAUAUCUACAUGCUGUGGCCCCAUUACCAAAUGACACCAUGACGCAUUAAUUGAAUACAAUAAAGACAUUUCAGUGAGUAUGCUGCUGCUGAUGUUGCCGUUGCCCAAACUUUCUGCAGAAACACUAUUUUUUUCAUUUAAAUGCAGUGGCUCACAUCAUGCUGCUUGGAAAUCCGGUUCAAGUGUUUGCCCAACACUGCUCCCAUGUGUCAAAGGAUUGUACUCUGUGCAGCUAAACCCUUACAGACAUAGUCACGGUAUACAGAUAUUCUGAAUUAGAUUAUUAUUGGUGCAGUUAUACUUCCCUGUUUCCUCGUCUUGCUUAAAUAAUUAGAACAUUGAUAGUUUCUGUUUUCAGGCACAAACGGAUAGAAAAUCUCAAAAGGAUUUUUACCAAUGAUAUUCUUAAUAUUUAAUACAGAGACACACCUACCUGUAAAGUAUUUUCUCAGAAAUAACUUUCAAACAAAGCCGGUGCAACACUUUGAAUUAGAAAAAAAGGUUGGAUUUGUAGGAAACUUUAUAUUUGGGGGUGGGAGUGGGGGCUGAGGAUGGCUAUAAAUUCAAAUUAUCAUUCACCUCCCAAAAUACACGACGCGUUUAUCUAAAGUUAAUACCAUAGCUAUGUGAGUUUACUCUUUUUUUAACAAUUGCCUGUUUUAGUAUCUACUGGGCAGUUCACAUAUUUGUAAAAUUUGUGUAAACGGAUUGUGCUGCAACAAGGAGUUGUUUAGUUGCCUUAGUUAUUCAAACGUCAUCCACCAGUGCAUUUCGUAUCUUAUGCAUUUUGCUCUUUGCCAAGCUAUUUGACGUGUCUUACAAUUAGCAAUUGCAAAUAGCAAUUUGCGGACUAUUCAACCAUGGACCAUCAUAUUCAGACAUCUGUAAAAAUAGGUAAAGUCUCCUACAGAACCUGGACGGACCUGUUUAAGAAAAUCCCGCUACACUUUCUACUGAAUUGCAGAAGGCUGUUAGCACAAAGCAAUUGAUUGGGGUGUUUUUUUAUACAUAUGCAGAAACGUUUCAAAAUUUCCUAAAACAGUUGGAUGGACAUGUAAUAUAUCUUCUGUUGUAAAUAUCAAUAUGCAAACAAUGUUAUUUGAAUAUUUGAUUCAAGUUACGUUUUGUCUGUCUAACGUAAAUUAAAGGAAAUAAAAAAAGUCUUUUUAAUAUUAUGUACCCACUUAAGUCUCAGGGUAAAUAUUCAGAGAACUGCAGGCCUGUAGGUUUGAACAUUGUUACACAACGAUGGGCUAAGAUUUCGUGAUAUAUCACGACUGUAUAUAAUUUAAAUUAGUACCCGAUUUAUGCACACCGGGGAAGUCCGUCAAAGCCUAUGGUAAAAUAAAAAAAAAAAAACUUUAUUCUGAAGGCAUGAGCAGAAACAAAGUUAUUAAUUUCUGUAUAUUCUGGUUGUUAUAAAGUUUACCUUUUUAAUUGUUGUAAUUUAUGAAAUUGUUUAACCAUAA